CAAGAGUCACUUAUGUGAGCACAGAGAUUCUGGCAGCCUGUCUGAAUUGAGACCAUAAUCCUCUUCUGAAAUCAGUCUAAAACGGAACUAUUCACAAUAAACAUGAAAUUAAAACCCUGAGGUAGUAGUGACCCAAAAGGAAUGUGAAUUCUUCUUCAGGACACAAAGACCCGUGGAUGAACUGUGUUUCUAGAUUUUUACUUCGGCUUUCCUGAGAGUCAAAAUGAGCAAGAGGCACAUAAGUGUGGGUCAACAAAUGUGGACUCUUCUCUGCAAGAACUGCCUUAAAAAAUGGAGAAUGAAGAGAGAGACCUUGAUGGAAUGGUUUUUCUCAUUCCUUCUGGUACUAUUUGCAUUCCUAUUUUCUUCUGAUUUACAUCAAGUCAACGACUCUUCUCAAAUGCCUUCAAUGGAUCUGGGACGUGUAGACAAUUUCAAUGAUUCUAAUUAUAUUAUUGCAUUUGCUCCUGCCUCCAAAACUAUUCAAGAGAUCAUGAGCAAGGUAGCUUCAGCCCCAUUCAUGAAAGGAAAGACAAUCAUGGGAUGGCCUGAUGAAAAGAGCAUGAGUGAAUUGGAUUUAAAUUAUUCAGUCGAUGCAGUGAGAAUUAUCUUUAAUGAUAUGUUCUCAUAUCAUUUGAAAUUUUCCUGGGGACAUAGAAUCCCUAAGGUCAAGGAACACAAAGACCAUUCAGCGCAUUGUCAAGUAGUGGAUGAAAAACUCACCUGUGAGAAUUCAGUGUUUUGGGAGAAAGGUUUUGUAGCUUUUCAAGCUGCCAUUAACGCUGCUAUCAUAGAACUCGCAGUAAAUCGCUCCGUGAUGGAUGCGCUGAUGUCAGUGACGGGUGUGAAUAUGAAGACACUUCCUUUUAUCGCUCAAGGAGGAAUUACCACUGAUUUUUUCAUUUUCUUCUGCAUUAUUUCUUUUUCUUCACUUAUAUGUCAUUUAUCAGUCAAUGUUUCAAAAGAAAGACAAUACAUUAAACCGCUGAUGACAAUGAUGGGCCUUCGGCAGUCAGCAUUCUGGCUUUCCUGGGGCUUCAUGUAUUCUGGCUUCAUCCUUGUCAUGGCUAUUUUGAUGGCUCUUAUUGUAAAAUCUACCCAAAUUGUUGUGCUAACUGGCUUCACCGUGGUCUUCAUUCUCUUUUUCCUGUAUGGCUUGUCUUUGAUAACUUUGGCUUUCUUGAUGAGUGUGUUGAUAAAGAAGCCUCACCUCACUGGUUUGGCCAUCUUUCUACUUAUCAUUUUUUGGGGCAGCCUGGGAUUCACAGCGCUGUACAGACAUCUUCCUGCAUUUUUGGAAUGGAUCUUAUGUCUUCUUAGUCCAUUUGCUUUCACCGCUGGAAUGGCCCAGCUUAUACAUUUGGACUAUGAUGUGAAUUCUAAUGUCCAUUUGGAUGCUUCAAACAACUCGUACAUAAUAAUAGCUAUUCUUUUUAUACUGGUUUUUGAUGCUGUCUUCUAUUUGGCAUUGACAUUCUAUUUUGACAAAAUCUUGCCCACCAGAUACGGACAUCAACACUCUGCCACAUUUUUCCUGAAGUCCGCUUUUUGGUGUCAGUAUCGAGGAACUAAACACGUGGCACUUGAGAAUGAAAUCGAUUCUGAUCCUUCAUCCAGUGACUCCUUUGAACCAGUGUCAGCAGAAUUCCACGGAAAAGAAGCCAUCAGAAUCAAAAACCUUAAAAAAGAAUAUAAAGGACAACGUGAAAAAGUAGAAGCUUUGAAAGGUCUGGUGCUUGACAUAUAUGAGGGCCAGAUCACCGCUCUCCUUGGCCACAGCGGAGCUGGGAAAACAACCUUGUUAAACCUACUUAGUGGGCUGUCUGUCCCAACAUCAGGUUCUAUCAGCAUCUAUAAUCACACCCUUUCAGAAAUGGCUGACUUUGAAACUGUCAAAGACCUCAUCGGAGUCUGUCCACAAUCCAACAUACAAUUUGGCUUUCUCACUGUGAGAGAAAAUCUCAGGCUGUUUGCUAAAGUAAAAGGGAUUUUGCCACAUGAAGUGGAACAAGAGGUACAGCAAAUUCUACGGGACUUAGAGAUGGAAAAUAUUCAGGACCUUCUCGCUCAAAAUUUAAGCGGUGGUCAAAAAAGGAAACUAACUUUCGGGAUUGCCAUUUUAGGAGAUCCCCAGGUUUUGCUGUUGGAUGAACCAACUGCUGGGUUGGAUCCUCUUUCUAAGCAUCACAUAUGGAAUCUCCUGAAAGAGAGGAAAUCAGACAGAGUGAUUCUCUUCAGUACCCAGUUCAUGGAUGAGGCUGAUAUCUUAGCUGAUAGGAAGGUGUUUAUAUCCCAUGGCAGGCUGAAGUGUGCUGGCUCUUCACUGUUCCUGAAGAAGAGAUGGGGCAUUGGCUACCGUUUAAGUUUACAUCUGAAUGAAAUGUGUGAUCCAGAGAGUAUCACAUCACUUGUUAAACAGCACAUCCCUGAUGCCAAAUUAGCAGCGCAAAGUGAAGAGAAACUUGUUUAUAUUUUGCCUUUGGAAAGGACAAACAAAUUUCCAGCCCUUUACAGGGAUCUUGAUAGAUGUCCUAACAAAGGCAUCGAGAAUUAUGGUGUUUCCAUGACAACUUUGAAUGAGGUGUUCCUGAAGUUAGAAGGAAAAUCAACUAUUGAUGAAUCAGAUAUUGCAGUUUGGGGACAAUUACAAAGUGAUGGGACAAAAGACGUGGCAUGCCCUGUUGAGCCGGAUCGAGAUUUGUCUUCCCUCCACGGAGCAAGGGAAAGAGCAGGUGGCAUGGCACUCUGGAAGCAGCAGCUCUGUGCCAUAGCAAAAGUUCGCUUCCUGAAGCUAAAGAAUGAGCGAAAAAGCCUCUUGGCCAUGUCAUUGCUUUUUGGGGUUAGCUUUCUUCCUCAAGUUUUGGAACUCCUCCUCUGUCGGUUAUAUCAAAAAAGUUACUCUUGGGGACUCUCUCCAGAUAUGUACUUCCUUUCACUGGGACAACCCCCACAGGAUCCCCUGACUCACUUACUGGUCAUCAACAAAACAGGGUCCAGCAUCGAGAACUUUAUACACUCACUGAGACGACAGAACAUAGCUUUGGAGGUGGAUGCCUUUGGAACUAGAAAUGGCACAGAUGAUCCAUCUUACAAUGGGGCCAUCAUUGUGUCAGGCGAUAAACAGGAUCACAGAUUUUCCGUAGCCUGUAAUACCAAGAGGCUGAAUUGCUUUCCUGUACUCAUAGAUAUUAUUAGCAAUGGGUUACUUGGAAUUUUUAAUUCUACAGAACACAUUCAGACUGGUAGAAGCACAUUUUUGGCAGAACAUAUGACUUAUGACUAUUGGUACCUGAGCAGCGCGUUCAUCUGGAUACUACUGGCCGCCUGUUUCACGCCUUACAUCGCCAUGACCAGCAUUGACGACACUAAAGAAAAAAUUCAUUCCCAGCUAUGGAUUUCAGGCCUUUACCCUUCAGCUUACUGGUUUGGACAGGCACUAGUGGAUAUUCCACUCUACUUCUUGAUUCUUCUUCUGAUGCAAAUAAUGGAUUAUGUUUUUAGUCCAGAAGAGUUUAUACACAUAAUUCAAAACCUGUUAUUUCAGACCCUGUGUAGUGUUGGAUAUGUCUCGUCUCUUGUUUUCUUGACAUAUGUGAUUUCAUUCAUUUUUCGCAAUGGCAAAAAAAAUAGUGACAUUUGGUCAUUUUUCUUCUUAACUGUCACCAUCUUCACAAUACUUGCUACUGAUAUAAGUGAAUACACAUUUCUGGGGUUACUUUUCUGCACCAUAUUAAUACCACCCUUCACACUGAUUGGUUCUCUAACCAUUUUUUCGGAGAUUUCUUAUGACUUCGUGGAUUACGUAGGAGCUUCAGAAUCUCAAAUAGUAUUUCUGGCAUUGCUAAUACCUUACUUCCAGUUUUUCAUUUUUGUUCUUGUUCUGCGAUGUCUGGAAGGAAACUUCAGGAAGAAAUUGUUGCGAAAGGACCCUGUAUUCAGAAUGACUCCAAGAAGCAGUGACGUUUUUCCAAAUCCAGAAGAACCUGAAGGAGAAGAUGAGGAUGUCCGAAUGGAAAGAAUCAGAGCAAUAAACGCCGUGACUGCCCUGGACGAGGAAGAGAAACCAGUUAUCACUGCCAGCUGUCUGCGGAAGGAAUAUGCAGGCAAAAAGAAAAAUUGCUUUUCCAGAAGGAAGAAAAAAAUUGCCACAAGAAACGUGUCUUUCUGUGUUAAAAAAGGUGAAGUUGUAGGACUGUUGGGACACAAUGGAGCUGGGAAAAGUACAAUGAUUAAAAUGAUAACUGGAGACAUAAAACCAAAUGCAGGGCAGGUGAUUUUGAAAAGGAGCAGUGAAGAGGACACCUUGGGGUUCCUGGGGUACUGUCCUCAGGAGAAUGUGCUGUGGCCCAGUCUGACUGUGAAGCAACACCUGGAAGUAUAUGCUGCUGUGAAGGGGCUGAAGAAAAGGGACGCCACAGUCACCAUCACGGGGUUGGUGGAAGCCUUCAUGCUGCAGGAUCAUCUGAAGACACCCGUGAAGACUUUGUCAGAGGGAAUAAAGAGAAAACUGUGCUUUGUGCUGAGCAUCCUGGGAAAUCCAUCAGUGGUACUUCUGGAUGAGCCAUCCACUGGGAUGGACCCUGAGGGCCAGCAACAGAUUUGGCAGGCAAUCCGGGCCACCUUUAGACACACGGAGAGGGGUGCCCUCCUGACAACCCAUUACAUGGCAGAGGCUGAGGCUGUUUGUGAUCGUGUAGCCAUCAUGGUGUCCGGAAGGCUGAGGUGUAUUGGAUCAAUCCAACACCUAAAGAGCAAAUUUGGCAAAGACUACCUGCUGGAGAUGAAGGUGAAGACCCUCACACAGGUGGAGCCUCUCCACGAGGAGAUCCUCAGGCUUUUCCCCUGUGCUGCUCGGCAGGAAAGGUAUUCCUCCCUGAUGGUCUAUAAGCUACCUAUUGAAGAUGUACAGCCUUUAUCACAGACUUUCUCCAAAUUAGAGACAGUUAAACAGAGCUUUGACCUGGAGGAGUACAGCCUCUCACAGUCCACCCUGGAGCAGGUUUUCCUGGAGCUCUCCAAGGAGCAGGAGCUGGAUGAUUUUAAGGAGGAACUGGAUCCCUCUAUGAUGUGGAAACUCCUCCCCCAGGAGGAACCUUAAAUCUUCAGACGUUCUGCUUCUCUUGAAGCUUUUUCAGACAAUGUUCAAUAGCAUGAACAGCACUUAUCUCAGAUGUGACACAAAUGACUUUUGAAACUCAUGUCAUAACUUUUUUCAAUUCUAUAGUAAGGCUGGUGGAUAAACUCAGUGAGAGCAAUGAUGGAGCCUGAGAUUAGACCACACCACCCGCUAAGGGUCCAGUAAGCUUAUCCUAUUUCACAGGGCUAAUUUAAAAUCGCAUUUGUGGUAGAUUUGUUUAUGUGCCUGAGGAUGAUACAAAGACUACUUAUUUUUCUCCCCACGAACCUAAACAUAUUGAAUUUUUUCUUAUCUUUUUGACUAGAUAAAGUAUAAAAUCAGGUAUAAUAUUGACAUUAAAGGAAAGAGAUUACCCAAUAGCAUAGAUUUUGCUUUUUGUAAUUUUCUUCUCUUAACCAGUUAUUAAUUGGGUGAGUUUUAAAAAUCAUUUUCAGACUGUAGCUUGUAGAAUAUUGUUUUUUUUCUAUUAUAACUAUAAAUGAAGUUGAAACCUAGUAAGAUGCAUACUUGCAAUAUGGAUAUGAAUGUUUGAGUUAAUGGAACAUACUAUGAUGUAUUUUUAUGUGCAAACUUGAAAUCUCCCAUAUAUGAAGGUUGUACUCUUAUGUAAAGCUAUAGAACUUCCUUAUGUCAUUAGCCUUAUUUAAUAUAUAUAUAUAUAUAAAAUGACAUAUACAACUAGUUGCAGUGUAACAGCUUAAAAUCAAUAAAUAAACUUAUAUACUUAAUUUAGUAGCAUUUCUUUUAUUACCACUGUUAUUGUUGCUAGCUAACUGAACAUUCAAAGGCAGUUAUGUGAAAAAUCUUUACUUCUAGUGAUUCUUACAUCUUUCUAGUUUAUGAAAAUAGCUCAUUCCCAUCAGUCCACUCACAGGAGAUCUGUAUCUAUCAGUCUUUGAAAGAAACUAAAAUCUUAAAUUUAGGUCACAGAAUUUCAGAAAUGUUAUUUCUGAAAAUAACAAAUGCCCCAGAUUUGUUAUUUUAAAAUGAGGACAUUUUAAAAUGU